AUGACAUGUUACGCCUCUCCAUCUGGAGCUCGGAAGGCGUUCCGGAUGGCGAACGUCUCGGGCUCACUUGUCGAUUUUGCCCCAUCCGACGAUAUCCUUUUGUCCGGUUUGGAGACCAAAAUGGUGGUCAAUUACGCGUCGAACGAACCACAGCCUGGUGACUCUAUUUUCCCGAGGAGCACCACCACCACACCAGCGUCCACUAUCAAGUCAGAGUUCGCCAUGCUGGAGACCAAUACGCCGGUAGAAUGCACGCACACACUCCAUCAAGAGGAGACGAAAGAGCUGCAGAGACUACCCUCAGCACUAGCCAUGCCCAGAAUUUAUGGUCCUAGUGUACGCCAACCUCCUAUUGACUCGCAAUCCAAGAGGACCUCGUUCGUCGCGAUGCUGGGCGGAUCGGGCGUCGACAGACACGUGAGAAAGCCGCUGGGUAACUCACGUCGAGGACACACACGGCGUGCUGGUGGUACAACCAAUCGCUCGAGCUUUUUGCCAAACGAAUCAGCACUCAAUAUGAGCUUUCACCCGUCGAUGUCGGGUGCAUCGAUGUGGUCGAGACCCAGUCGUCAGAUGAACAAAGCUGAGCUUUACGAGUUGAAAGACCGACUUUGGAAGGACUCGCUGUCAAGUGCACCCAGUAAUGCUUUCGGUGCUGUAGACUGUGGCGAUCCACACGCUCCAGAACAGCUUUCGUUCUUCACUCACGCCUUCAACACUUCACGGAUCACCGGAGAGGGAUCAGCAGCGUUGGGGUAUGAUGAACGAUCCAGAUCUUCGAUGGCCUUUAUCCCUUUGCCGCGUGAAUCAGUAGCGAUGAUGAUCGAUGCUGUUCGAGUGUCUGCACUGGAUGACAACGAGAAGUGUCGAUUUCUCUUUGAGAUGUUUGACGUCGAGCAUCACGGUGUGCUAACCAAGGAAGGAGUUCGAGCGUUCAUCGAAGCCACUUUUGCUGCCAAUGGGGUGGAUUUUGUUGGCGCUUUCGACUACGACGCGGUGGUGGAUAAAGUGUUUGGCCACUGUCGUCAACCAUACAAAAUGACGUAUAACGAGUUCAAAGCCAUUUUCGCAGACGUAGUGGUUGAAGCUGACGACGACAAGAGCAAAGAGGCUCUCGGAUUGAUGAGUAGUGUUGUGGAGACCCAGCGUCAGAGGGAGAUCGUGUACAACAACGAGCAAGGAGGACGAUGGUAUCGCGUCAAAAAAUACUGUCGCAAGUACAAACCCGAGAUCUUCUGGCUCACGCUCUACUUCCUGUUGAUGAUUGGUGUCUUCAUCGCCAAGGCUUCUCGGUUCCCAGUGGAUCCAGCCGUCGGUAAUUGUCCUCGAAUUGCAAAAGGUUUUGCCGAAAUUUGCCUCGUGAACACCAUGUUUGUUCUGCUACCGAUGUGUCGGAACUUCGUGACUGGCCUUCGGACACUCCCAGUGGUGGUGAACCAUCUCCCGAUCGACAACCACAUUGAAUUUCACAAGGUCUGUGGCGUGGUAAUGUUGAUCGCUUCAGUGGGACACACAGCAGCAUGGCUCGCCAUCGUAAUUUACGUCCGUACUGUUCCUUUGGCUGUGUGGGAGGCGUCUCGGUAUCACCAUCUCUCCUUUGUCCGUGACGAGAAUUUGUUUGAUUUCGCCCUGCGAAUCCCCAUCUGGACGGGUGUGGUCAUGCUUAUCUGCGCCGGUAUCGCGGCUCCACUGUGUCUUGCGAAGUAUCGACGUGGAAAUUUCAAUAUGUUCUGGGUCACGCACAUGCUCUUCAUCCCGUUUCUCGUGCUGAUGGCAUUCCAUGGUUUCGCUCGCUGGCUGGCUGAGCCUCAAGCUCAAUACUGGAUUCUACCCCCAGUUGUAAUUUUUCUGAUCGAGAAGCGAUACCGGAUGACUCAAGUGUUUGGUGGACAAACUAAGAUUAUUCACGUUCAGUUAUCGAAGGAAUCGGUGGCGAUAUUCAUGAAGAAACCAAGAUCGUUUGGCAAAAGACAGCGUUUCUUGCCGGGAAUGUACAUGUUCAUCAAUGUGCCGGCAAUUUCAAAGUUCGAGUGGCAUCCGUUUACGAUCUCAUCAGCCCCGGAGGAUAAAUUCCUUAGUCUUCACAUUCAAAAAGCGGGUGACUGGACUGGAGCGCUUUAUAAAAACUUGGAGAUGCUGCAGAGAGAGCACAAAGCUUCAUCAAUUGAGGACCAAGGAAGUCCGAUGACGUCUCCGUAUCCAGUUGUCUAUUUAGAUGGACCAGUGGGAGCUCCAGCUCAAGACUAUUCGCGCUACCGAGAGGUUGUUCUGAUCGGUGCAGGUAUUGGUGUCACCCCAUUCGCAUCAAUUCUCAGAAGUAUCAUGCACCAGUGGGAGUCUUUUCGCUGCCCUCACUGCAGACACGUUCGGUUCCCACCGAGUUUCCAGCUCCGAAAGAUCUACUUCUAUUGGGUCACGCGGGAGCAGGAGUCUCUCACGUGGUUUACCAACACGAUGAAUCAACUCAGUGAAAUGGACACUGAGAACCGAUUAGAGAUUCAUAACUUCUUCUCUUCGGUCAAGAGCGAAGCGGUAAUUGCCCCGUUGCAAGCUCUGCAGAAGUUUAUCCACAACAACGAAGGACAAGAUAUAAUCUCUGGCCUUAACACGAAGCAGCAAACGCACUUCGGACGACCCGACUGGAACACUGAACUGUCGCGGGUGGCUCGUAACCAUCGCCUACUGGAGCCAAGCGUGAAUACCUCGGAUGAACGUGAGGAGAUUGGUGUAUUCUUCUGCGGCCCCAAGCCACUUGGAAAUAUUAUCCAUGAGCAGUGUACGGUGCUGAAUCAAGCAAAAGCUCGACAGGCACCAGAUGUGCAGUUUGAAUUCCAUAGUGAGAACUUUUAAAGAGUAACACUCUACUACUAUUUACUCUUCAAAGUUUGUGGCUUCCUUUGUUUCUUAGCUUAGCAAUAUACAAACA